CACUUGUCACGGCACUACCGCAUCCACACAGGCGAGAAAAACUACCACUGCCUUUACCCCGGCUGCACAAGCAGGUUCUCGCGCCAAGACAAUAUGAUGCAGCACUAUCGCACGCACUUGUCUCCCAGGAGCCGUCCGCAACCGUGGACCACUCAAGGCGCCCUCAAUGGAGGCGCUUCCACACAACUUUGUCAUGCCUACCCAGCACAACAGUAUUCGCCACGCCUUCCACCCCUACGCUCCCGAGCAGUGGCCGUUUUAAUAAUUGUUCCCUAG